AUGUUAAGCGAAGAUGGUUUAAAAGAGCUUCUUGAACAAACGAUUAGAUAUCAACAAUUUCAAAAACGAGAAGCAAUUACUCAAGAAAAAAUAAUUCGAAUAUUAAUUGAACACGUCAAUAAUCAACGGUGCUCAGUUCAACUUAGUAGUCAAACAACUGAUAAUUCAACAUUACCAAUUGAUGAUGUACCUGAUGUUAGUCAAAUACAAUCAUUAAGUACACCAAAUCCUAAUUCAAGUGAAUUUGUACAUGCCAGUACGAGCAUUCUUAAUUACUUGAAAACUGUACCACCAACCGGUGCUAGUGUAGCAGACAUUUGUAAACAAUUCAAUCAGUUUGGUGAAAAACAAGUUCAACAAGCAGUGGAAUAUUUGGAACAAGACGGUCAAAUCUAUUCGACAAAUGAUCGUCAACGUUAUUUUGCUGCUCACAUUUAA